AUGGAUAUCAUGGAUCCCUUCACCACCGAGCUCCUUUCGGGCCCUCCCAUCCCCGUCGCCUUACCAGGGAGCGGCGCCGAGACGAGGGACAUUGACGACUACCUCCGAGCCAUCGGUGCACUUCCUGCGCUUCGACCCGUCGACCACUACGCCGCAAUGGAGGAACCCGUACCAUCCCUGCUCCCGGAGAGCGCCGUCCCAGUCUUCGAUACCCCUGAAUCCAACAACUCGGCCACGCGUCCGCGGCUCUCCGACUACGACGCCGACAUUGACUUCAACCUCCGCAAGCUGGAGAUGAACGUCGAGGAGCCGCCGAGGCCAGACUACCUGAAGACGGUGCAGGGAGAUCGGAUGAGCCCGUCCAUGCGCGCCAACCUUGUUAUCUGGAUGGACGGGCUUACUCGGUACUACGGCCUGGCCCCCGGCACGCUUCACCGCGCCGUCUCCUACGUCGACCGCGUGCUAUCAGCGCGAACCUUACCUACGACUAACAUGGAGUAUGAGCUCCAUCUCCUGGGCGCCACGGCCGCCUUCACCGCCGCCAAAUAUGAGGAGCGGGACACCAUAUUCAAGGUGGACGCCGCGAAAAUUGCCAACGACUGUGGGUUCGCCACGAGCAAGGAGGUGAUCGACGUGGAGUGCAAGAUGUUGGCGGUGCUCCGGUACGAGCUCAGCGAACCAACGGCCUACAUCUUUGUGGACCACUUCACCAGGUACAGUAAUGGAGAGAGCGACCUGGAGGUUCAGAAGUUGGCGCAUCGGCUCGCCGAACAAUCGCUCGUCGACUACAGAUGCCUGCCGCUCAUGCCAUCGGCCGUGGCGGCGUCGGCGGUCUUUCUGGCAAGGCUGAUCUUGAACCCAAUGGCGAGCCAGGUUCGAAAGUGGAACAGGGAAUUCACGGAGCUGACAGGGUACAAGCCCACGGACCUCAUCCUUGGCAUUGAGUCGCUGUACAUGAUGAAUCCUGAUCCUCGCUUUGCGGUCUUGUCAGCUUUUUUGCAAGACGAACAAGAAUUGUGUAUAAUUGGCAAGCUCCCUUUGAAUUGUGGAAUUAUAUGCCCUAUGCCGACGGCUACCAGAUUCAAUAUUUCAAUUAAAACCUCCCUGGCCGUACGUUCCAGCAGUAUAGACGCCAUCGUAAAAAGGUCAAUUGUUCAGAAGUUGGCGCAUCAGCACGGCCUGGAAGGAGAGCGCGACCUGGAGGUUCAGAAGUUGGCGUAUCAGCUCGCCGAAACAUCGCUGGUUGACUACAGAUGCGUGCAGCUCAUGCCAUCCGCCGUGGCGGCGUCGGCGGUCUUUCUGGCCAGGCUGAUCUUGAACCCAAUGGCGAGCCAGGUGCAGAAGUGGAACAGAGAAUUCACGGAGCUGACAGGGUACAAGCCCACGGACCUCAUCCUUGGCAUUCAGUCCUUGUACAUGAUGAAUCCCGAUCCGCGCUUCGUGAUCUUGCCAGCGUAUUAG